AUGACGCCAGCAGCUAGAUUUACUACUGGAACUCGGUCACAGGAGAGACAUCCUAAACCCCCACCCCCGUCACAAUUCCGUACUGGUAGUGAUAUUCACCCAUGGACGAAAGGUUUAGAUGACAACGGACACGUUUACUAUCACAACACGUCACGGAAGGGCGAGGAAGAAGACCAUCAUAUCGCGUAUCACGACGAAACAAGCGAGGCUUUAACGCCUGAACUUGACUCGGAAAAUGCGUUAAAUUCUGAAGACUGUCCGUGGAUGAUAUUUAUCAAUGAGGAUGACGGAGUGCCUUACGAAUACAACCACAUCACUGGUGAGUGUCUGUGGGAACCUCCACAGGAAUUUUGCCGUUUCGACAAGGAUAAACCGCAACAGGAGCAUCAACAACUCGACGAAUUAAAUGUAGAGACAGCAAAGCUGGAGCUUCCUGUAAUCGGAGAUACCGCUGAGCCACAAGGCGGAUCUGCUAACUCAACGCCGAAUAGUGGGAUGCCCGAUAAAACCGCUCUACAAGUAAUAAUCAAUCUAGAGUUUAGAAGAGAAAGUGCGACAAGUAAUUGCGGCAGUCUCCAAUACACCGGUGGGCCCAAGUAGACUUGUACACUCGAAAGAGAAAUACCGUGAGUGUGGUGUUUGUC